CCGGGGCAACGGCAAGAUGAGCGCCGCUCGUUAUUGUCUGAACCGCCGCUUGCGCGCCUGCCUUUGCAAACCUGCAGCCGCCGAUGCGCAUUCAGUGGGUGGCGAGGCGUCCUUUGUCAGGCUGGGAUCUGUGCUUUCCUGUUCUCCAAAAUAGAGAGGAAAACCCGGCAGCAUCCAGGAAAAAGCAAGAAGGGGAAGCCUGAGGAGGCCGUGGUCCACCCAAGCCUGGUAAUUGUGCAUGUUAUUUUGGCGCUCUGGAGAAUCAAAAGAAAAUGCAAAACAGCGAAGUGAUAAAACCUGCCAAAUACUUCUCUGAAGUGGAGAAGAGUGUGUUGCUGGCAUUAGUUGAGAAAUACAAAUAUGUACUUGAGUGUAAAAAAAGUGAUGCGAGGACUAUUGCACUGAAACAACGGACCUGGCAGGCCCUUGCUCAUGAAUAUAAUUCUCAACCAAGUGUAUCACUACGAGAUUUCAAGCAGCUGAAAAAAUGCUGGGAGAACAUCAAAGCACGGACAAAGAAAAUAAUGGCACAUGAAAGGCGAGACAAGGUAAAAAGGAGCAUUAGUCCACUUCUAAGUAAUCACAUCCUGGGAAAAGAGAAGAUUGCCAGCAUGGUACCUGAGCAGGUGUACUUUUUACAGAGUCCACCAGAAGAGGAUUCUGAAUAUCAGGCAGAAGCCUCCAGCCAAGAACCUUUCACCGUUAUAAACAGAGAACUGUGCGAUGAAGACAAAGAUCUUGUACAUUUCCAGGUAUGCGAAGGAACCUCGCAAUCGGAGCCUUCCUGCUCAGCAGUCAGAAUAACAGGCAGUAAAAAUUUCAGAAGUAAAGCUGCCCAGGAAAGCGAUCUGAAAAAGAUGCAUGAAGAAGAGCACCAUCAGCAAAUGUCCAUCUUGCAACUGCAGCUGAUCCAGAUGAACGAGGUUCACGUGGCCAAGAUUCAGCAGAUCGAGCGGGAGUGUGAGAUGGCGGAAGAGGAGCACAGAAUCAAGAUGGAGGUGCUCAACAAAAAAAAAAUGUACUGGGAGCGGAAACUUCAAACUGUUACAAAAGAGUGGCCCGUCUCAUCUUUCAACAGACCAUUCCCUAAUUCGCCCUAGAGAAGGCAGCAGCCAGCCAUAAAAUGGACUGGCGUCACUGGUUUAUUAGAAGAGAAUGAGGAGGGGUUCAGUUAUGCUAGUUUUGUAUUUUUAGUUUGAGAGAAUGCCUCCCCACUUGGCUGCGAACAAACAUUAAGGAAGAGCUAAGAAAAAUGUGGUAUCUAUUUGUUGUUUUUUAAACCCAAUAACUCAAUUGUUAUCAUUUUUGGAGCAUCUCCUUAUACACACAGGAAGUCAGUAGGCGUAUUCUGUGGUGCACACUUUUUGUCUAGAAAGUUCUUAACAGCAGAUACGUAGCUGGGCAUUUUAGUAUUUUAUUUCAAGUCUGAAAUUUAAAUUGGUUUCCAAGAAGCAAGAAUUCUGACUUAUCCUCCAUAAUUGUUUGUUGAGGUGGGGCUACUAGCAGAUGCGCAGUGACUCAGCUGCGUCACUGAGCCAGAGGACAUAAUACGUUUUCCGUUUAUUAAUAGAAUGUGGGGAAAGGGCAGCAUCAUAGCAGCAACUGCUUCAGAAGAGGAAAGCUUUCAAAGAAUUGAUUAGCUCUCUGGCCAGAAGGGAAGUUCACCACCACCACAUUUCUCUCCUGCCCCUAACCAUUAAUGACGCUGCACUCAGUUUGCACUAUAGGGCAUGGCUCACCUGCCAGCUAUUUAAUUUAGGGCAAAAUUACUACUGUCUGGCCACUUUUCUGUGGUUGAAGAAGGCAUCAAGAAAAUUACCAUUGUGUGUGAUUUGCGGCUGUGCACGUGUACUCCAGAGUAAGUGUAUACAGGAUUGCAGUAUCACUUUGAUACUUGGCACCUCUCCGUUUGGUUCAUUUCAGCUUGUCUGGCUUCUCGUCAUGUCAGGAAGGAGCCACCUGUCCAUCUAGUACGAUGCAGGUCCAGUUUGUUUGCAUGACAGGAUCACCCUCUCUGUACUGCACCUGUCUCUUGGUCCCAGUCCACAUGAGCCAGGGAUCUGAAGUGAGCACCAACCAAAUGUAAGGAGGGUAAAGUGUAGAUUUACUGUGUAACCGGAGCUAUUUAAACACAUUGCAUUUUUACAUGCAAGUCCCUGUAAAAUUGUAAUGAGUGCACAUGGCAAAUGCUGAUAAUUCUGCCCCCACACAGGGAGUGGCUGUGGCUCCUUGAAUGGGUAACUGGCAAGCGCACUGAGCAUCACAAUGUGUGACUGAGCUCUUGAAGAGUUUUCAUCUUUGAUGGGAGGCAAGGGAAUGAGAGAACCCACCACCCUCUAAGUAAGUGACAAAAGAGAAGCAGGCGCAUUUCUGUUUUAAUGAAGCAGCAACCAUGAAUUUCCACGAUUUCAUAUGUAGAUUUGGCAGUUACGACUAAUAAGUGCAAAUGGUGAUAUUAGCUUUUUCUUCUCAAAAUGGGGCAACCUUGCUGUGUUCACUGGGCUUCAGGUGGUUUUCCUUGUGUUGGAUUUACAGGUAAAUCUUUUCAGACCUUGUGCUGCUGCUAAGACAGAGACCUGGAGCUACUUAAGAGUGCUGUCAAAUCUGUUGCAAAACUAGCAUGAGUGGAUUAGACCUGCCCCUCUUUAAUAUUUACAGUCGCAGAGGGUUACCAGUAAAGUAGGGGGAGGCAUAGUCAAUUUUUCAGGCAGGUAUAAGGAACAUUUGGGUGUCCAGACAUUGCAGCUACAACUUACAUCAUCCCUAGUCAUUGGCCAUGCUUGCUCGGCCUGAUGGGAGUUGUAGUUCAGCAGCAACUGGAGGACCAAAGGUUCCCACACUAGGGUACAAGCUUGUUGCUUAAUGUUGGUGAAGCGCCAUACGUUUGUCAUUGCUUUCAGCGCUCCCAUCUUGGUAUGUCAAGGAAAGGGGUAAGACUUUAAAAGGGUGAGAUUUUAAAUAGUAUAUAAUUGUGAGUUUGGAGUACAGUGGUGGGAAUUACUCUGAAUUAACUAAAGGGGAUGAUCAUGGUUUAUGGUGCUGCACAUGCGCACUGCACAGAAUUAGCCAUAAAGGCUUCCUCUUUUUCCUGUUGAUAGGAUGGUGUGCUGAAAUACCAACUUGGGGAAUGAGAUGGAGAUCUAGGUGCAGAUCAUUUACAUGCUGACAUGAAAUCCUUGCUCUACCUCACUCCUCUCAAAUAGAAUCAAGCUCAAAGAAAUUGAGUCACUUCGGGUCUUUUCUGGUGUGUUCCUUUGACUAUAAGACUGGGUACAAAUACGUUCAUUCUGGAAAAACAAAAUUUGUGUAUUUUGGUAAUGCAUCUUUUAGUGCAACUUCUUAUUGAGGAGCUCUGUUCGAACUGUUGAACAGAUCUUAUUAAACAUCUUACAAAGUGCACACUGGUUCACAGUUAACAGAUUCCCAGGCAAGCAAGAAACGUAUCAGAAGUAUGGGGAGAGGGAAUGGGAAGGUAACUGGAAAGAGGGCUGUGCUUAUACUGUUGAGAUUUUUGUGGUUCUUAAAUGAGUUUAUAACUUAGUAUUUUAAAUAAUUUUCCAAAGGGAAAAUAAUUAUGUUAGAUAAUGCAUGUGUAGAGCUUAAAUACUGAAUUCAAACCACUGCAAAAAUAAAUGCAGAUUUCAGCAUAAUCCAAUAGAAAACGAGGGAGCAAUUGCAGCCCCAAGCCUCAGGAAAUCACAAGCCCUUUUGAAAGUAUUUUGAGGGGAAAUGUUAGGCUACUUCUCAUUUGCCUACUCAUUUUAGUGUCUUUGGUGCAUAUUAGGGUUGUCUGGUCUAAAUUAGAAUGGGGCUCCUGUUCCUGUGUGCAACUGGGAAUUUCAGAAGGUGCAUGUGCUCUCACCUCUGCAUGACAAGUUGCCCUUGCCAAAAUUAUCACAAACUACUACCUGUAAAAGAGGGGUCACCCAUGUGGACAUCUCUAUAGCUGAGGCAGAGCAGCUUGGACCUCGUUUACAACGAGACAUUAGGUUUUGCUUAGCACCCAGAUAACAUUCUCCAUCCUCCAUUCCUAAAACAAGCGUGUGUGGCAGGCAGUUUAAUUCUAACAUGAA